AUGCCAAUUGAUGACGUGAUUGAAAUUGACAAUGCGCUUGCGCAGUUUUUAAGCAAGGCCAUCAAAUCAAUGCCAGAGAUAAUCGCUGGUGCCACACCGGAAACGUUUAUGACAAUGGCAGAUAAACAGAAUGCACAGAAAAGUGUCAAAAUAGCGGCCGGAGCCGUAGUUUGUGUUGAAAGUGAAAUCAGAGGAGAUGUCACCAUCGGCCCCAGGACUGUGGUCCAUCCAAAAGCUCGUAUAAUUGCAGAGGCAGGACCCAUAGUGAUUGGAGAGGGUAAUUUGAUUGAGGAACAAGCAGUUAUCAUUAACAGUUACCCAGAAAACAUCACACCAGAGUCUGAGGUAGAACCAAAGACGAUGACCAUCGGCGUCAACAAUGUAUUUGAAGUGGGAUGUGUCUCACAGGCCCUGAAAAUUGGGGACAACAAUGUGAUAGAAUCCAAAGCGGACGUCGGUCGUAAUGUAAUCCUGACCAGCGGCUGUAUCAUCGGAGCCUUCUGUCAGGUCAACACGUUUGAGGUUAUACCUGAAAACACAGUCAUUUAUGGCUCAGGCUGCAUGAGACGCAUUCAGACAGAGAGACCACAGCCACAGACUCUUCAGCUCGACUUUCUGAUGAAGAUUCUGCCAAACUACCACCACUUAAAGAAAACAGUGAAAGCAGGCCACACUACAAGCUAACACUACAUACUGUAGUUUCACUGUUUGAUGACAAUAUUUAAUAAAGAAAAACACAUGAUCUUGGAGCUUGCUGAUAGAAAAAGACUUGUGUGUAUAUAGAAUAUAUUGUGUAAGGCUUCACCAGUAACUUUUCUAAACAUUUUCUAAUGAUGGAGCGUUUUUCUUCAUCUUUGCUAAUGUUCUGUUUCCUACUUCCUAAUAACAUAUAAAUUGAACAUUUUUUUCUUUUCCUUUUUACACCUUAUUUUACGCCUGUUAACAACAAUGUUGGACAACACACAUUGUUGCAAUAAAAAAAUAAAAUAAAAUCAUCUUCAGGUGA